GUUUCCUCUGGCAGGAAGCAGGAAGUAUUUACUACUGAUUGUUACCGAGCAGAAGGAAAAUGGGGAAAAGCUGCAAGGUUGUCUUGUGUGGACAGCAGUCAGUAGGUAAAACCUCCAUCUUGGAGCAGCUCCUGUAUGGAAAUCAUGUGGUCGGAUCAGACAUGAUGGAGACCCAGGAGGAUAUAUACAUUGGAUCCGUUGAGACAGACCGGGGUGUACGGGAGCAGGUCCGCUUCUAUGAUACACGAGGGCUAAGGGACGGAGCUGAGCUCCCCAAACAUUGCUUCUCGGGAACUGAUGGAUACGUACUGGUGUACAGCGUGGACAACAAGGACUCCUUCAAACGGGUAGAGGCCUUAAAGAAAGAGAUUGAUCGGUCUAAGGAUAAGAAGGAGGUCACUAUUGUUGUUCUGGGGAACAAGUGUGACCUCCAGGACCAGAGGCGGGUGGACCAUGACGCUGCUCAGCAGUGGGCCAAGAGUGAAAAGGUGAAACUGUGGGAAGUGUCGGUGGGCGAGAGGCGUACCCUGAUCGAGCCGUUUGUGUUUCUGGCUAGUAAAAUGACACAGCCCCAGAACAAAUCGGCCUUCCCUCUAAGCCGGAGGAACAAGGGCAGUGGCUCUUUGGACAAUUAGAUGCGGCCGACCUCUUAGAGGGAAGGUUACACUGGAGCACCACUUGCAGCACCCUCACGCAUUCACUUUCAGCCCCUUGUCUACUGCUGGGGGACACAUUGAGGAUUUGCGCCAGUUGGUUGCCUCCUCAGAACUCAUACAUGUGACUACUACAACUUGUGAUUUUCUUCUAGAAGUUUCCGUUCUGAAAAGAACCCUCGUAUACUGACAACAUGCAUGUUCUGCGCUGUAUCUGUAUUGGGGAUAAAAUGUAGAACAUUGUAUAGGUAGCAAAAAGAUGGACGUCUAUGGUCCCUGUAUACGGCUCUGUCCAUACAUCUGUAAAUAUUUCCUUGUUCUGCUACAGCACAGAAAGAGAAUAACGUGGUCCUGGGUCUGUCCUACAGCGACUUAUAAUCGACUUAUAAUGUGUCCCCCGGGUUCCAUCAUAGUGUCCCAUUUUUCAUCAAACAUGACAUAAUUUGCAGUGGAGACGGAAAUAGAAGCAGGUUUCAUGCCUGGUUUAUUUUUCUUAUAUCUCAUGCUUCUAAAUAGAGAUGAGCGAAAUUCAUGUUAGGAAAUUCGUUCACGCUUCGUUU